AACUCAGGGAUAUUCCCCUCCCAUAAGGCAAAGGCAAAUGGUCCAGAUGGAUCCCUCGAACAUCAUCUCCACUUGGAGUCCACAGCUCGGCCAACUGGGUCCAGACGCUCUGCCUGACAUCACUGUCUUCCAGUCUUCCCCCCCCUCGUCUGCCAUACAUAAAAGGGCGAGUGUAGAGAGCAGAACAGAGCACGGUUGUCAAUUGAACUGGUUGACUUGUCGGGACGAAUCCUUGGCAGGUUUUUUUUUUCACUGUAAUUGUUUGUUCGUUUUGUUGGAUCCCUAGUACGGAGUAGCAUUCCUCGAGAUCUCUGAGAGAGAGAGAGAGUUGUUUCCCCCAAAUUAUAAGCCUUGUAGCACUCGUUCUGUCUCCCACUCUCUCUGUUUUAUCGAUACCCAUAAGUUUGGAUCUCAUCUUUUUUUUUCUAGCAAGAUCGUUGAGAUUCAACAUGUUCAAGCCUUCCCUCGCUCGCAGCGCUUUCAGGGUGAUCAACCCCGUCAGCCGCCCGGCGGUGCUGGCCACCUCCAGCCGUCGCUUGAUCUCCGUGACUGCCGCCCGCUCCAGCAAGGAUGACUCCAACAACAACAACAACAACAACAACAACAAGAGCUCGCUAAGUCCUCAUCCUAACUCUCCUGAACACGAAGGUCAAUUCGCUCGUACCGAUGAGAGCGUCAUUAUCGAGUACCCGCCUGACCAUGAGAUGCCCCGGACGCCGGUCGUCCAGGGCCGCGGCGGCAUGCACUUCAAGCGCACGCUGGCCCAAUUCUCGCUGGAAAACAAGGUCAGUCUGGUCACCGGCGGUGCUCGUGGGCUGGGACUAGUCAUGGCCCAGGCGUUGGUGGCAUCGGGGUCAGAUAUUGCGAUCGUCGAUCUGAACAAGGAAGAAGCACAGGACCAGGCAAAGAAGUUGGUGGAUCAGUUUAAAAAAGAAAACCCUGGUCUGGAAGAUAUGCCCAAUGUCACCGCACACUACGCCGAUGUCUCCAACCCGGACUCGGUCAAUGAGGCGAUUGCUGAAAUCCUGGAAAAGCACGGCAAGAUCGACAACCUGGUCACCUCGGCCGGCUUCACCGAGAACUUCGACGCCAUCUCGUACCCGUACGACCGCAUGAAGAAGCUCUGGGGAGUCAACGUUGACGGCACAUACCUCUUUGCGACCGCGGUCGCCAAGCACCUCAUGGAGCGCAAGGCUCCCGGGAGCAUCGUCAUGAUCGGUAGCAUGUCUGGCGCCAUCGUCAACGUCCCCCAGCCCCAGGCUCCUUACAACGCCGCCAAAGCAGCCGUCCGCCAUCUCGCCGCCUCGCUUGCCGUCGAGUGGGCGGCCAAUGACAUCCGUGUCAACUGUAUCAGUCCGGGAUACAUGCUGACUGCUCUAACCCGCAAGAUCCUCGACGAGAAUCCCGACCUGAAGAACAAGUGGACCUCGCUCAUCCCCGUCGGCAAGAUGGGCACCCCUGAAGACCUCAUGGGCGCUGUCACCUUCCUCCUCAGCGACGCUUCCAAGUACAUCACCGGCGCGGAUCUCCGUGUCGACGGCGGCUACACCGUCACCUAAACCAUGCUAUACCUGUAUUGUACCUCUUAUUUGUCAUGUAACUCGGCAUGGUUUCGCUCUUCUUGCUGCAGCGCUGUAUUUCACAUAUCAUAGGUCGGUGACUCAUGCUGGUCAGUCACAAGUCACAGAAAAUGCUCUAAUACCUAUUUCUUUCUUUUUUUUUUCUGGUCUGAGAGGUGCUAUAUUAGCGUCUGAAUGUAGAAGUAACUAUGGUUCUAGUAUACAUACUACUAUACACAGUAUCAGUGAUAUA